AGAGUAGAAUAUAAUUACUCUCACUGUUGGUAGCAAAUGUCCUUGUAACGGAUAGCUUUCCCUUUUAUGUGGAUGGGUCCUCACUCCUCAUAAGGAAACAACCCCAAACUUCCACUAAACAAAAAUGGUCGUUGAUCAUGCUCUGCUUCUUGUUGGGUCAGAUUUAGAUAGCUUUCAUUGAGCCAUAGUCCACAGCUUUAUCCUUUUGCAAGAGCUUCAGAUUAACGAAAACAAAUUUUGUCGACGAUGUUUCCCCUAGCCGGGCCAUAUUGGAUUUUCAGGAUUUAAUAGGUUUUGUUACAUGCAAAUUUGAAGCAAAUUCAGUAUGGAUGAUGGUUCCUUUAAACCUGAUUCUGUCUCUGGGAGCUUCUCGGGCACUGCCAUGGAUUUGGAUUUCAUAGAUGAACUCUUGUAUGAUGGAUGCUGGUUGGAGAGUACUGAUGGAUUAAAAAUUUCACAGCCAGGCCUGUCAUCCUCUACUGUUCCAAAUGACUCUUCACAGUAUUUUCCUUUUGUGGAGUCCAACAGUAGUCUUUUGAGUGCAAACCUUAAUCAGCAAAUCCACCGAGAAGCAACGAAAAAUAACUUUCCUGAAAACCCACCUCUUAGUAUUCCCAAAGUGGAACAAAUUGCUGACAAUGAAUCUCAAAACCAGAAUUCUGUCAAGAUUACAACAUCUUCAGUAUCUGAAGGUUUGCUGAAGGAAGGAAGUGAAUUGGGCACAAGCUUGUGGAUUGGACCAAGGGCAGAUCCUGGACCAUCUUCUUCCGUAGAAAAGAGAUUAAUGCAUGCUAUUGGACAGUUGAAAGAAUGCACAAAAGAUAGGGAAGUCCUUGUUCAGAUAUGGGUGCCGACAAAGAAAGAAGGCAAGCAUGUCCUUACAACUAUUGACCAGCCAUGCUUCCUUAGUCUAAAGUGUGAAAGUCUUGCAAGUUAUAGAAAUGUUUCAGAAAGUUAUCAUUUCCCAUUGGAGGGGAAUUCAAAAGAGUCACUUGGUUUGCCUGGUCGGGUUUUCUUGGGAAAAUUGCCUGAGUCGACUCCAGACGUUCGCUUCUUCAGAAAUGAUGAAUACCCACGUAGAAAUUAUGCAAAGCGAUAUAACAUUAGUGGGUCUCUUGCAGUUCCAAUCUUUGAAAGAGGUACUGGGACUUGCUUGGGGGUUGUUGAGGUUGUAACAACCUCCCAAUAUAUUAAUUAUCGUCCAGAGCUAGAAACUAUCUGCAAAGCUCUUGAGGCUGUUGAUCUAAGGAGUUCUCAAGACUUCUGCCCUCCAAGUGUAAAGGCUUGUAAAGAGUUUUGCCAAGCAGCAGUUCCAGAAAUAUCAGAGAUUUUGGGAUCUGUAUGCAAAACACAUAAGUUACCUUUAGCUCUGACGUGGGCCCCAUGUUUUCAGCAAGGGAAAGGCGGAUGUCGACAUUUUGAUGAAAAUUUUGCUAAUUGUAUUUCAACUGUGGAUUCUGCUUGCUUUGUAGAUGAUAGAGAAUUUUUAGUAUUCCAUGUGGCAUGCUCUGAGCAGUUCCUUUCUCUAGGUCAAGGAAUUGUUGGGAAAGCUUUUGUGACAAACAAACAGUGUUUUGCAAGUGAUAUAACUGCCUUUUCCAAGACAGAUUAUCCUCUAUCUCACCAUGCUAAGGUGCUUGGUUUGGAUGCUGCUGUUGCAAUUCCUUUGCGAAGCACCAAUGAUGGAUCAACUGAUUUUGUAUUGGAGCUAUUCUUGCCAAAAGACUGCCGAGAUACUGAAGAACAAAAGCGGUUGCAGGACUUGUUGCCCAUUGCCAUACAACAAGCUUGUUGGAGUUUACAAGUUAUCAUGGACAAGGAGCCAGAGGAAGAUAUCAACUGGCAAAUGGCUAUUGCUUCAGAUGAAAGACAUAAUAAAAAAGAAAGUCAUAUGUUUGUGUCUUCUUCAUUUAACGAAUCUUAUCCAGAAAGGUCAUCCUGGAUUGCCCAGAUGUUGGAGGCUCAGCAGAAGGGUAAAAGUCUCUGUGUUUCAUCGGACAGUCCAAAAGGACCAAAAGAAGAGUUUAAGGUAGCAACUCAUUGGGAUGACACUCUAGAGAAAUUAUACCAAAAGCAGGUUUUUGCAGAAUCUGGACAACUUCAGCAAAAUUCUGGACACAAAGAUAGUACUGAGGGUGGCAUCAAUUCUUCUUUUGCUGGCCAGCAGUCAUCAGGCAGCAGAAAGGUAGGUGAGAAGAGACGGACCAAGACAGAGAAGACAAUCAGCUUGGAAGUUCUUCGACAGUACUUUGCAGGGAGCCUUAAGGAUGCUGCUAAGAGUAUUGGCGUGUGCCCCACCACUUUGAAAAGGAUAUGCAGGCAACACGGUAUCACCCGUUGGCCUUCUCGAAAGAUUAAGAAGGUUGGCCACUCAUUAAAGAAACUCCAACUUGUGAUCGAUUCCGUCCAAGGUGCUGAAGGAGCCAUUCAGAUUGGUUCCUUUUAUGCAACUUUUCCAGAAUUGACCUCUCCAAGUUUUUGCAGAAAUGAUCCUUUCCCAUCGUUAAAGAUGAAUGACAAUCUGGAGCCUUUAAACCCUCAACCUGAGGUUGGCAUAUCCAAUGCUGUAGCCGCUGCUUCAAAAUCCCCUUCCUCAUCAUGUAGUCAAAGCUCUGGAUCAAGCAUCUCUUGUUCAACAAGAACAAAGGAGCAUGCAAUCACCAACAUUGCUUUGAAUGCUGAAGAUGCCUUAGCAAUAAAAGACUUGGGAGGUGUUCUCAAAAGAACACGUAGUGAUGCAGAACUACAUGCCUUGUAUCGUGAGGAACCCAAGCCUCUUGCUAGAUCUCAAAGCCAUAAAAUACUGGGAGAUGGUCCAAGUCUUGAUCAGAUUCUUCUCCCCUUCACAAAAAGAAGGGGCAAGAGUUUACGAGAAAGUGGUGCUUUUAGAGUUAAAGCCAACUUUGGAGAAGACAAAGUCCGGUUCAGCCUGCAACCAAGUUGGGGUUUCAAGGAAUUGCAGCAAGAACUUGCAAAGCGAUUCAAUAUAAACGAUGUCUGCAGAAUUGAUCUUAAGUAUUUGGAUGAUGAUCAUGAAUGGGUUCUUCUGACUUGUGAUGCUGAUCUUGAGGAGUGUAAAGACAUUUAUAGAUUGUCUCAGAGCCACACGAUCAAAUUAUCUGUACAAAAAGCUUCGCAGAACCUUCGGUAGUUGCAGUGGGGAUUAAGAGGCAACUUCAUAUUUGAUGAAUCUUGGCUUGAUGUUAUAGGGGCUAGCAACUUGUGAAAUGGGAGGAGAUUCCAACUAGGAAUCUUUUCAGUUUAUUGUUCAUAAAACAGCUAUUGAAUCUUGUUCUAUAGUUCAGUGGCUAUUUAGAUGGAAAUAAAGAUAUGAAUAUGGGAAUCAUUGGUUCAGAAA